AUGACUGAGCUGGAUCAGUGGAUCGAGAUUUCCAAGCAGUGCAAGUACCUGCCUGAAAAUGAUCUCAAAAAACUCUGCGAACUUGUUUGUGAUAUUCUGAUUGAAGAGUCAAACGUCCAGCCUGUCUCUUGUCCGGUUACUGUUUGCGGUGAUAUUCAUGGACAGUUCUAUGACUUGGAAAAACUCUUUCAGACGGGUGGGCAAGUUCCUGAUACCAAUUAUAUAUUUAUGGGAGAUUUUGUCGACAGAGGACACUAUAGCUUAGAAACCUUUACAAGACUGCUCACCCUUAAAGCAAGAUACCCUGACAGAAUAACAUUGGUCAGAGGAAAUCAUGAAAGCCGGCAAAUCACUCAAAUCUAUGGCUUUUACGAUGAAUGCCUAAACAAAUACGGCAAUGCCAAUGCUUGGAAAUAUUGCUGCAAGGUUUUUGACUUGCUCAAUAUUGCCGCGAUCAUUGACGACCAAGUAUUAUGCGUCCACGGUGGCCUUUCACCUGAUAUCAACACAAUUGACCAAAUUCGAACCAUUGAGCGAAAUCAAGAGAUUCCUUGUAAUGGUCCUUUUUGUGAUCUUGUCUGGUCAGACCCUGAAGAAGUGGACACAUUCACAGUGAGCCCAAGAGGCGCAGGCUGGCUCUUUGGUUCUAAAGUAACUCACGAGUUUAUGCACAUAAACAACCUCGAGUUGAUCUGUCGGGCACAUCAGCUGGUUCAAGAGGGUUUCAAGUAUAGCUUCAAUGAUAAGCUAAUCACCGUCUGGUCGGCACCAAACUACUGCUACCGAUGUGCUAAUGUAGCUGCCAUUUUGGUUUUCAACCAAGCGAAUAACAAAGAGGCUAAAAUAUUUGAUGCCGUGCCUGACACUGAACGUACUGUCCCCAAUCGCAAGUGUCCCUACUUCUUAUGA